GAGCAGGUGGCAGGCGGCCGCCAUGGAGGGCGACGGCGGCUCGGCUCUGUGUCUCUUCGACGUGGACGGCACCCUGACCGCGCCUCGGCAGAAAAUCACUUCUGAGAUGGCAGAUUUUCUGCAGGCUUUGCGGCAGAAGGUGAAAGUCGGCGUUGUAGGGGGCUCAGACUUCGAAAAGAUUCAAGAACAGCUGGGGGUGGACGUGGUUGGAAAAUAUGACUAUGUUUUCCCAGAAAACGGUCUGGUGUCAUACAAAGAUGGAAAACUUCUUAGUAAACAGAGCAUUCAGGACCACCUGGGCGAAGAGCUGCUCCAGGACUUGAUCAACUAUUGCCUGAGUUACAUCGCCAAGAUUAGGCUUCCCAGGAAAAGGGGCACUUUCAUUGAAUUCCGAAAUGGGAUGCUGAACGUUUCCCCCGUUGGCAGAAGCUGCAGCCAAGCGGAACGGAUGGAGUUUUUUGAACUCGAUAAGAGGGAACGCAUCCGAGACAGAUUUGUGGCCGAUUUACGACGUGACUUUGCGGGAAAAGGCCUCACGUUUUCCAUAGGAGGGCAGAUCAGUUUUGACGUAUUCCCCAACGGUUGGGACAAGCGAUACUGUUUAGGAAUUGUUUCUCAGGACAACUUCGAGAAGAUCUAUUUCUUUGGAGAUAAGACUAUGCCGGGUGGGAAUGACUAUGAAAUUUACACGGACCCCAGGACCCUUGGCCACAGCGUCUCUUCACCCGAGCAGACGAGAGAAAUAUGUGAAGACUUGUUUUUUAAAUAGAUGAUGGACUUCCUUUGCACUGAA